CCCAGAACGCGGCUCCACAGGCAGUGGAUGGGGAACGUUCCCCGCCUCGCAGCCCAGCAGUUGCCUCCUAGCUCCUGGCCCUUCGCGCGCUCCACUGGGCGGCCUUGUCCCACCUCGGGGCCAUCGAAGCGGGCACGGAAUCACGGGGAAUGCCAGCCGGGGGGGAGCGAAAGAGGGCGCGGCGUUGCAGGGCCUUGUCGACAGUUUUUGAGGCUCGCUGUGUCGAGGGUUGUGGUUCGCCCCCGCCCCCCCGUGCGCGCCGCCAACCUGCAGCCCGGCUUCCAGCGGCGGCCCGAGACCGUGGAAGUUCGGCGCACGGACGGAAGCCGCGAGGUGAUGGCGCGCGCGGUGGCGUCCCGAGACGGGACCGACGUCGUCGUCGAGUCCUCGCUCCGCAUGCCCGUGGUGCUGCUGCGCCUACAGCGAGGCCCGGGCCUGGAAGGCACGGGCGUAGCGGUGCUGAAGGCGACCCCGUCGUUUGGAGGCCUGCGGGACGGCGCCCCGCCGCUCUGCACGAUCCGCGCCGGCGGCGCCGGCGAGGGCUUCGUGGCCUGGCACGGCACGGCCGCCGACCGCGCCGUGCUGCUGGCCCUGCGCCUGCACGGCGGGGACGACGGGGGCCCAGCCAACGUCGUGGACGGCGAGGGCAGGCUGCUGUCGGCGGUGGAGUCCCUCAGCGGCGACGCGGGCCAGAGCUUGCAGUUGCUCCACGUGGCCCAAGGGGUGGACUCCACGUUGGUCAUCGCAGCGGUGGUCGCGGCGCAGAUGCUCAGGGACGCCUGAGGCUGCCGACCAGGGCAGCGGCCCCGUCUGAGCCCCUGCCCCACUGGUUGAGGGCAGGCAGGGAGGG